CGCCACGGCAACCAAGAGGACAGCAGCAGCAUCAGCAGCAUCAGCAUCAGCAGCAGCAGCCAGGGUGCCCGUGAGGAAGAUCCCAGGUCCUGCUGCGGCCCACGAGGCUGUGAGUGCGCCGAGGAUGGUGGGGAUGGACAGCGCGUCGCUGUCUUUGGCCGUGCAGAGUGCGGUGGUCGAUGGCUAUGACGACCACCCCUUCUGGCUGGCGGCUGCGAGGCGGUUCAGAGCCCUCCUGCAGGACCCGGCUCCGCUGCACCUCGACGUAUGUGAUCGAUGUGCGUACGUGUGUGCGCACAAUAAAUAGGAUAAUGCGAUGCACUGCACAUUUAUCUGUCUGUCUGCAUGUGUGUGUGCGUGUGUUGGGUAUCAGGAUGCGGCAACUCUGCUUGGCUGCUUCGUCCAGGCAGGAUGGGCUGAGACGCCCGACGUCGACAACCAGCAGCAGCAACACGCCUCAGCGGAGGCCGAUCCACUCCCCUCCCCCUCUCCCUCUCCCUCUCCACCUCGUGUGUUGACGGACCGCGAGGCGCUCGAGGCUGCUGUAGCGGCUGACGUGCGGCGGCUGUCGCUGGCGGAGCUGUGCGGCGAGAGGAUAUCGGGCGAAAUGGACCGCAUGACCGCCAUGCACAUCGCCAUGGUACGCACCCACACACUGACUGACACACAACACGUUGCAUGGAUGGAUGGAUGGGUAUCUGUCUGUCAGUUCACGUCAGCCUUCUCCCUGUCGGGCCACGCCAGCGCGCCCCUCUACGCCGCCCUGGCCACGCGCAUGAGGGACAAAAUCCGACUGUCGUCGGCCACGCCCGAGAGCAUCGCCAUCUUCAUUUGUGCGUACGAGCGGCUCACUGCCAAGGGCCUGUGUGGCGUGUCGAUGGAGCUGCUCGACGUGUGCCUCAAGAUCGUCAAAGACCACGUGGGGGCCUUCUCGGCCGGCGACCUGAGCAACGUGCUCGCGUGUGUGGGCCGGAUGCACCUCAGAGACCACACACUGGUGGGUGGGUGGGGGCUCGUUGGUUGGGGACCAUCCAUCCAUCCAUCCAUCGAGUGUGUGUGUGUGUGUGGCAGACCCCAGUGCUGUUUCAGCGCGCCUCGCAGACCUUCCUGGAGCCGAAGGAGGACGGCACGGGCGCCCAGUUUGUGUGCUCCUUGUCGGCCUCACAGAUGGUGGCACUCCUCACCGCUUUCGCCAGGACACAAUGCCCAAACGAGGUAGGUAGGGCGUGUCGGUCAGCUCAGCUGUGUGUGUGGGGGUGUGGGUGUGGCGGGGGGCAUGUUCGCCGUGUGUGUGUGUGUGUGUGUGUGUGUGGCGUUAGAUGUUGUUCAAGGCGGCUGCGGAGCUCUUGAAGGACGGGCGGUUCUUGACGCAGCUGACGCCGGGCGACAUCACCGAUGCCGUCUACGCCUACGCCAAGUUCCACCUGCAGCACCCGGUGCUCUUCGACCUCUUGUGUGUCGAGGCUCGCAAGAAGCUCCACCAGUUCACCAUGCCGCAAAUCAGCCAAGUGAGAUGAGCGACAGAUGGGAAGCGGCCGACGCACAAUUCUGACCUGCAUCUCUCUCUGUUGUCUGUCUGUGUGAUGAUGUGCGUGUCGAUCGGUCAGCUGCUGAUAUCUCUGGCGCGUUCGGGUGCGACCUCUCCGGUGCUGACGGACCGUGUGGCGACGCUCAUCAGCCGCACUCUGCACCGAACCGACUCCACCAUUGGCGAGGCCUUCAAGGACACGACAGCCGUCGAGGUGCUCAACCUGGCGAUGGCCAUGGCGCGGUUCCUGGUCCGCAGCCCACAAACCUUCAAAGUGCUGUCCAUCGUCCUGCAGUCGCCCUCCCCACACACAGCCCACGACAGCUCGGUCAUCGAGUGAGUGCGUGAGCCGGCCUAGCGACCCCAGGAUGGAUGGAUGGAUGGACGGAUGUGCGUGUGUGUCAGAGAUCUGCUGGGAUCGGACCACGGGGUGUCGGUGCCAGAAGUGUCGCCAUCAGCUGCUGCUGCUACUGAUGAGCAGCCACCAGCUGAGGGCCGGCCGUCUCGCGGCUCGCGCCUCAAGGCUUUGGGUGUGAUCGACAUUGUCAAUGUGUAUCACGCCUGGGCAAAGGUGCACCUCAACGACCAGCCACUCUUCCAGGCAGGCAGGCAAACACGCACACGACACGACCCAUACCAGGCCGCACCAUCUCAGAUGGUGUCUGUGAUUGCCUUACAGAAGGCCAGCAUCGAGUUGGGUGCGGCACUGUCGUGCGGCCGCGUGACGCCCGCCCUUGGCAUCAAGUACCUGUCGGCGUGCAGCAAGUUGGCCUACCGUGACCACGACCUGCAGACGGCCGUCAUAGAACUCAUCAAGACACACGGAGUCGACAAACUCACCGUCGUCGAGGCGAGUCGAGCCGAGCCGAGCAACCACACAAACCAAUCCAAUCCACACACACACGCAGCCAAAUCACAUCUGUGUGUGAUGCCUGCAGCUGCUCAAGUGUGCGACGGCGGUGGAUCGGUUGGGUGUGAGUUUCCCCGAGUUGGAGGCGCAUGUGAGCAAGGUGCUGCCCAACGAGGUGCGGCUGCGGGAGCCGGUCCACUGGCGGGGCUACAGCGCCUUCACCAAAAUCAAGAGGGGACCGCUGCCGAGAAAACGCAAAUGGGGCUGGUAGACAGACAGACAGACAGAGAGGCAGACAGACAGACAGAGCGAUGGAUGGAUGGGCCAAACCUCCGAGGGAGGGGAGGGGGUACUGUCCGUGAGGGAGGGAGUGUGUCAAUGUGCACACAGGGAGGUUGCGUGCGUAUGCAAAAAAGAUAUAUAUGCGGCUGGGUUAAGUGGG